CCUGAAAAACGCACGCCAAAGCGCGUUCCAUAGUUAUAUUUGCUUAGAAAUUUGACUUGAAUCAGUCAUUCUAAUGAAUCCUAUCUCUGUUUAGCUACAGUGAAUGUUCAUACUGUUUGUUUUAUUCUUUGACUUAUGUCGUGCUAGAAAACUGCGAUACAACAAACCUGGAAAUAAUCGUGCGGCCAUAUUUGUAGACGGUCGUCGGUGUUCUCUUAUAUCGUAUUUCUUAAAUAAAUAACUUUUAUUUUGUUUAAUUGUUCUUAAGUCUUAAUAUUAAUGUCUUCAAUUAAUAUAUUUUCUAUAAAAAUGCUCCCUUAGAUUUUACGUCUUGUGUGUUUGUGCUACGAAUUCAAUCAAUUUCAGUGUACUCAUUUACAAAUUAAUUUUUAGUUUGAAUUGCUAAAUAAAAAUAACAAUUGAAGAUACUGUAAGGUGUAACAAUGUCUAACGUUGGCUAUGACCUCGAUACCUCAGGCGGGCUUAUGCCGCUCAUUCGUGCCUUAAUAAAGCCACCUGAUGAAGACUUGAACACCCAGAAGCCGAAGAAGCCGCAACAUCCAUACUAUAAGAGGCCUGGUAAAGGUCACAAUCAUGAUUCUUGCGACGCGUGUGGGGAAGGCGGCGACCUCAUAUGUUGCGACCGUUGCCCCGCUAGUUUCCACCUUGGAUGCUAUGAUCCGCCGUUGGAUGAGAAUGAUAUACCAGCGGGUUUGUGGCUAUGCAAGGAGUGUAGGGCUGCUGAUGAUAACAAGCCUGCAAGCUCUCGCAGCAGUAGGGCUCAGUCACCUGCUGACAACAAGUCUGAUACAGAGAAGAAAUCUGGCUUACGUAACCGCUCCAAUUCAAAGAAGAGUAAGGAAGAAGAGGAAGAAAUAAAGAAGGAAGCGGAGAAAGAACUGUCUCCUAUGGAGAUCCUAGUGAAGGCUGCUAAGAUAAUGAACCCGAAGCAGUUUGAACUACCCCGGGAGAUGAGGAUACCCUGUAUAUUCCCGGGAACUGACAAAGAUCCGGGCAAGAAUGGCAACAGUUCCCUGGUGACGGUGGACGCGUGGGGGUGCGUGCCUCUGCCGGCCAAGAGUUGCUUCGUCUGCCAGGGCACAUGCAAGCAAGCUCCAUUGCUGCAGUGUGACUACUGCCCGUUGCUCUUUCAUCAGGAUUGCUUGGACCCCCCACUGACUGCGCUGCCGACCGGACGCUGGAUGUGUCCCAAUCAUGUAGAACAAUACAUUGAUUGGAAGCUAGUAAACUCAAUAUCAGCGACGGAACGUGUCGCCUUGUGGGAGAAGUUCUCCGGCCCAGUAGACCAGCAGGCUGUGAAGGUGGACUUCAUUCGAAGGGCGAGGAAAGUCCGCCCUGCGUUCCGCAUGAAGGUGCCGGUGGCGACGCGGGGCCGCGUGGUGGUGCCGGCCAUGGUCCGCCAGCACUACGACCACCCGCCGCCGCUGCUGCCCAGCCGCAGGGAGUACGUGCGCUGCAGGAACGUGCUAAAGAACCUGAAGAACAGCGGUAAUUACGACCCAAGCGAGGAGGAGGAGGACGGUCCGAAGCACAAGAUCUGCCUGAAUAUGCAGUGCCCACAGUACAGCGGGGGCCGCUGUGGCUGUGAGGGCGACGCCCUACGCACUGAGUUACAGGCCGCCACGCCUCAGGACGCUGCGGAUGAUUUACAUGCUAUCAGUGCUGAGCCCACUUCUAAGGAGCCUGAAGUCCGAUCAGAUUCAGACAGUGAUCUUUCUGAUUCUGACUUCGAGUACCUGACAGCAUCAGUGAAAAGACGCAAGAUGUCCCACUCUGAGGACAAGAGUCCCAGCAAGCGAAGCAGGACUGAACGGCUGGAACUGAGGAUGGAGGAUGAUGUCGAGGAGUUACUCAAUGUCGUGGACAACCAGCUGAAGAAGUUGGACGAACGACUUGUGAAGUUACUGGCCUGGCAGAGAUUGCAACAGGUAAGAGGUCUUGGUUAA